UAGAGACAGGAAGUGCAUGCAAAGAAGGAAACGCGUCCAAGUUGUGUCAGGUGCUGCCUUAGCCGGGCAUCUUCUUUUCUUUCGUCCCUCUCCCCACCCCGUAGUUGUUGCCUCCUGGAGGGGGGAAAGCGCAGCCUGCUAGGGAGCAGGUAAAGGAAGUCAGGAACUGGAAUACAGGAAAGGAGGGAGCCAUAGGACAAGGUCCAUGAAAUGGCCACAGAUGACAAGGCAUCUCCGACGCUGGACACUCUGAACGAUCUGCCCUACUCUCCUGGCAGUCCCUCUCACCUUACACACUUCAAACCUUUGACUCCUGACCAGGAUGAACCUCCGUUUAAAUCUGCCUAUAGUUCUUUUGUGAAUCUUUUUCGUUUCAGUAAAGAUGAUGGUCGACUUGCUUCCUCUGUGGAGAGAGCAGAGACGGGACAGGGUGAUCAACAGACACUGAAUGCAAGUUGGACAAGUCCGCAACAUACUUUGAAGUCACAGUCGCUAAGGUCAUCACCUGUACCUUACAAAAAAACUCAGCCUUCUGGGGAGUUGCAGAGAAGAUCUUCAGCCUCAUUAGACAAUCGAAGAAAAGAACCUCCUCUUAGUGGUCAUGAUCCUCGAACAGCUGUUCAGCUUAGAAGCCUCAGUACAGUUUUAAAACGCCUAAAAGAAAUCAUGGAAGGGAAAAGCCAGGACAGUGAUCUAAAGCAAUACUGGAUGCCAGAUAGCCAGUGUAAGGAGUGCUAUGACUGUAGUGAAAAAUUUACCACCUUUCGCCGAAGGCACCACUGCCGCUUAUGCGGCCAGAUUUUCUGCAGCCGGUGCUGCAACCAGGAAAUCCCUGGAAAAUUCAUGGGUUACACAGGUGACCUCAGAGCUUGCACUUACUGUCGUAAGAUAGCCUUAAGCUAUGCACACUCCACAGAGAGCAACUCCAUUGGUGAAGACUUGAACACACUAUCUGACUCUGCCAGCAAUGUGUCAGUGCUGGAUCCUGGGGAACCACGGACUCCUGUUGGCAGCAGAAAAGCUAGCCGCAACAUAUUCCUAGAAGAAGACCUUACCUGGCAAAGCUUGAUUCACCCAGACUCUUCAUCCUCUACUUUGUCAACACGUCUUGGAUCAGUUCAGGAGGAAGCAGGGAAAUCUCCUGCUCGGAAUAGAUCAGCCAGCGUUACUAACCUGUCCCUGGACCGCUCGGGGUCACCCAUGGUGCCUUCCUAUGAAACAUCUGUCAGUCCACAAGCUAAUCGCACUUAUGCCAAGGAGGCCAAUGAGGAUGAGCGCAAAAUUCUUCUGGACUCAGUUCAGUUAAAGGACCUGUGGAAGAAAAUAUGCCAUCACAACAGUGGGAUGGAGUUCCAGGAUCAUCGUUAUUGGCUGCGAACGCAUCCCAACUGCAUCGUAGGAAAGGAAUUGGUCAAUUGGCUCAUGAGGAAUGGCCACAUCACUACCAGAGCUCAAGCCAUUGCAAUAGGUCAGGCGCUGGUAGAUGGCCGUUGGCUGGAUUGUGUCAGUCACCAUGAUCAGAUCUUUAGAGAUGAGUAUGCACUCUACAGACCUCUACAGAGCACAGAAUUUUCUGAAACUCCUUCUCCAGACAGUGAUUCUGUCAACUCUGUGGAGGGUCAUUCUGAGCCUUCUUGGUUCAAAGACAUCAAGUUUGACGACAGCGACACAGAACAGAUUGCAGAAGAUGGAGACGAUAACCUGACCAAUUCUGCCAGUCCUAGCAAGCGUACCUCAGUCAGCAGCUUCCAGUCUGCCAUGGACAGCGACUCAGCCGCUUCCAUCAGCCUAAACGUGGAGCUGGACAACGUGAACUUCCAUAUCAAGAAGCACUCCAAGUACCCACACGUGCCCCCUCACCCUGCCGACCAAAAAGAGUACUUGAUUGCUGACAACGGAGGGCAACAAAUGAUCUCAAUAAGCGACGCUUUUAUCAAAGAGUCGCUGUUCAAUCGGAGAGUUGAAGAAAAAUCCAAAGAGCUGUUUUUCACACCUUUAGGCUGGCACCAUAGCAGUCUGGACCUUCUGAGGGAGGAGAAUGGGGAAAAACAAGCCAUGGAGAGACUGCUCUCAGCUAAUCAUAAUCACAUGAUGGCGCUGCUCCAGCAGUUGCUGUACAACGAAUCAUUGUCUCUUUCCUGGAGGGAUAUGAUUGUGCCUCUGGUCUGCCAGGUGGUUCAGACUGUCCGACCCGACGUCAAGAACAGGGAUGAUGACAUGGACAUCCGCCAAUUUGUCCAUAUCAAAAAAAUUCCAGGCGGAAAAAAAUUUGACUCGGUUGUGGUGAAUGGCUUUGUUUGUACCAAGAACAUAGCACAUAAAAAGAUGAACUCCUGUAUUAAAAACCCCAAAAUUCUUCUGCUGAAGUGCUCCAUCGAAUAUCUCUACCGAGAAGAAACAAAGUUUACGUGCAUAGAUCCCAUUGUCCUUCAGGAAAGGGAGUUCUUGAAGAACUAUGUUCAGCGGAUAGUGGACGUCAGGCCAACUUUGGUCUUGGUUGAAAAAACUGUGUCCCGUAUUGCCCAAGAUAUGCUGCUAGAACAUGGCAUUACUUUGGUCAUUAAUGUUAAGCCACAUGUCUUGGACAGAGUAAGUCGGAUGACUCAGGGAGACGUACUAAUGUCGAUGGAUCAGUUGCUGACCAAACCACACCUGGGAACCUGUCACAAAUUUUUCAUUCAAGUGUUUCAGUUGCCUAAUGAGCAAACAAAAACGCUGAUGUUUUUUGAAGGGUGCUCCCAGCAGCUGGGCUGCACCAUCAAGCUGCGUGGUGCAGGUGAUUAUGAGCUGGCUCGAGUGAAGGAAAUUCUUUUUUUUAUGAUCUGUGUGGCUUAUCAUUCCCAGCUGGAGAUCUCCUUCCUUAUGGAUGAGUUUGCCAUGCCCCCAAUGUUGGCCAAACAUGGCUUCUUUCACUGUCUGUUUGAAAGCCAGGAAGAAGAAAAUGGACAGCAAGAUACGCUGAGCAGAGAAAGCUGCACUGCAGGAAAAGAUGCUGAUGUGGCCACUGACAAGCUGCCUGUUAUAUCAGAAUUGAUGUCUUCAGAUGAGAUCAGCUACCUGGAACAAAGGACUUUGACAGAAGAGGAUGGGCAGGAUAUGGGAGAUCUACAGAUAGUUGUCCCCCAGAAACAACAAGAGCAUCUCUUAAUGGAUUCUUUAAAUCCCUUCAUGACCCCCGCAUUGGUGUCAGAGCCACUGUUACUCCCCCUGGGGCUAAUUGACCAACACAUGGGGAUUUUGGAUAGUGAGCAGUUGGAGAAUGCAAGGGACCUGGAUAAUUUCCAGGAGACCAAAAGUCAGAUGAGGGAAUUUAGGGACCCCUUGCAAGAUGACACUGGAUUGUAUGUUACAGAGGAAGUGACCUCUUCGGAAGAUCGCCUCAAAACCUUCUCUUUAGCUUUUAAGCAAGAGCUGAAGGAUAUUAUUCUCUGCAUUUCCCCUGUGAUCAAAUUCCGUGAGCCAUUUCUGUUAACAGAGAAAGGCAUGAGAUGUCCCACUAGGGAGUAUUUCUUGGAGCAAGUCUAUGUGUCUCCUCGGCUCAAGAAGGAGUACAAAGAGCUGGACAGCAGAAGGAAGAAACAGCUAUUAAGGGAUGUGUCUGGAUUGCAAGGAAUGAACGGAAGUGUCCAAGCCAAGCCUGUCCAGAUCUUACCUUCCCAUGAGCUUGUUAGCACCAGGAUUGCUGAGCAUCUGAACACCAGCCAUAGUCUGGCCAGAAUGCUAGCUGACUUCCGGGCCAGGGGAGGAAGGAUUGUGCAGAAAGAUUCAGAUCCAUUUGCUCAAUCUUCUAAAGAGACAUCUGGUGUGAGAUGUGGAGUCAGGACUGAUGAUGAUGAUGAUAGAGGGUUUAUUCAGAAUGAAGCUUUAUGGUCUCAUAAAGUGGACUGUCUUAGCCCUGCAAACCAUCAGAGGCUCUGCGUUUUAUUCAGCAGCUCUUCAGCCCAAUCCAGCAAUGCUCCAAGUGCCUGCGUUAGCCCAUGGAUGGUGGUAAUGGAGUUCUAUGGAAAGAAUGACCUCACUUUAGGUGUGUUUCUAGAAAGAUAUUGCUUCAGGCCUUCCUACCAGUGCCCAAGCAUGUUCUGUGAAACACCAAUGGUGCAUCACAUCCGUCGCUUUGUUCAUGGGCAAGGCUGUGUACAGAUCAUCCUGAAGGAACUAGACUCUCCAGUGCCUGGCUAUCAGCACACAAUUCUUACCUACUCCUGGUGUAGGAUUUGCAAGCAGGUAACACCAGUGGUUCCACUUUCCAAUGACUCUUGGUCCAUAUCCUUUGCCAAAUACCUUGAACUCCGUUUUUAUGGACAUCAGUACACCCGAAGGGCCAACGCUGAGCCAUGUGGCCACUCCAUACAUCAUGACUACCACCAGUAUUUUUCCUACAAUCAGAUGGUGGCAUCUUUCAGCUAUUCUCCUAUACGACUGCUGGAGGUGUGCGUCCCGCAUCCCAAGAUUUACAUAAAGCGUCAGGUUCCGCUAAAGAUUAGCAUGCUUCAAGACCUGAAGGAUUUUUCUCAAAAGGUGUCUCAGGUAUACAUUGCUGUUGAUGAGCGCCUCACCUCUCUGAAAACAGAUACUUUUAGCAAAACAAGGGAGGAGAAGAUGGAGGAUCUUUUUGCCCAGAAGGAGAUGGAGGAAGUAGAAUUUCGAAACUGGAUAGAGAAAAUCCAAGCAAGGAUGCUUUCUUCAUCACUUGACAAUCCUCAGCAGCUGCAAUCUGUCUCUGAAUCUCUGAUAGCCAAAAAGCAAAGUCUUUGUGAGAUGCUGCAAGCUUGGAAUAACAGGUUACAAGAUCUCUUCCAACAAGAGAAAGGGAGGAAGCGCCCCUCGGUACCCCCUAGUCCUGGGAGACUGAGGCAAGGCGAAGAGAGCAAGAUCAGCUCAAUGGAUGCCUCUCCUCGCAAUGUUUCUCCAGCACUACAAAAUGGCGAGAAAGAGGAUCGUUUCCUGACAACCUUAUCGAGCCAGAGCUCCACAAGCUCCUCUCUUCUCCAGCUUCCUACCCCUCCUGAAGUCCUGUCAGACCAGCUGACGGGGGGCACUUCCUUUGCCAAUGCACAGUCUGAAGCAGACACCGCUAGCAGCUCAGAAGAUGUGUUUGAUGGGCAUUCGCUGGGGUCCACAGACAGCCAGGUGAAAGAGAAGUCCACCAUGAAGGCUAUUCUAGCUAAUCUGUUACCUGGAAAUAGCUACAGUCCCAUCCCAUCCCCUUUUGAGCCUGACAAGCAUUACUUAAUGUAUGAGCAUGAACGUGUUCCUAUUGCCGUCUGUGAAAAGGAACCAAGCUCCAUCAUAGCCUUUGCUCUCAGUUGUAAGGAGUACAGAAAUGCCUUAGAUGAAUUAUCCAAAGUGUCUCUGAAGAGCAAUGCUGAAGAGGGACUUCAAACCAACAGCAGUCUGGCUGAGACCAGAGCCAAGAACAGCAGUCCAGUUCGGCUCCCUGAGACGAAUGCGGGGCAGUCAAACCAAGUGGCAGAGGCAGAGCAGCCAAAAAAGCCAUAUGGAGUUCUGUCCUUCUUCCGUGGUACGGGAGGAAAGAGCCCUGAUCUCUCUUCUCAGAAAAAGGAGACUUUGCGUGGAGCAGACAGUGCCUACUAUCAGGUUGGCCAGAUGGGCAAAGAAGGGGCAGAGAACCAAGGAGUGGAGGCUCAAGAUGAAGCAGAUGGAGGUGAUGCACAGAAGAAACAGCUAGGAAAUCCACACAUUGAACUUCAAUUCUCUGAUGCUAAUGCCAAGUUCUACUGCCGGAUUUACUAUGCGGGAGAGUUCCAUAAAAUGCGUGAAGUGAUACUUGGAAGCAGUGAAGAAGAUUUUAUCCGUUCCCUGUCUCACUCACUGCCCUGGCAGGCACGAGGAGGCAAAUCAGGGGCUGCUUUUUAUGUAACUGAAGAUGACAGAUUCAUCUUGAAACAAAUGCCCCGCCUAGAGGUCCAGUCUUUUCUAGACUUUGCCCCACACUACUUCACAUACAUUACUAAUGCAGUUCAGCAAAAGAAGCCAACAGCUUUGGCCAAGAUUCUUGGAGUUUAUCGGAUUGGAUAUAAGAACUCUCAGAACAACACAGAGAAGAAGCUUGAUCUACUGGUCAUGGAAAACCUCUUCUAUGGCAGAAAGAUGGCUCAGGUUUUUGACCUGAAAGGCUCCUUGAGGAACAGACAUGUGAAAACUGACACAGGGAAAGAGAGCUGUGAUGUUGUUCUGCUGGAUGAAAACCUCUUGAAGCUUGUGCGGGACAACCCGUUAUACAUCCGUUCUCACUCCAAGGCUGUGCUGAAGGCUUCCAUCCACAGCGAUUCUCAUUUUCUUUCCAGCCACCUCAUAAUUGACUAUUCUCUUCUAGUUGGCUGGGAUGAUACCACGGAUGAACUUGUCGUUGGGAUUAUCGAUUACAUUCGCACAUUUACUUGGGACAAAAAGCUUGAAAUGGUCGUUAAGUCAACAGGCAUCUUAGGAGGACAAGGUAAGAUGCCAACUGUAGUAUCACCAGAAUUGUACCGGACUAGAUUUUGUGAAGCAAUGGACAAGUAUUUUUUGAUGGUGCCAGAUCACUGGACAGGGCUGGGCCUGAACUGCUAAGGUAAAGCAGAUGUGAUGGAAUGGCAACUUCUGAUGAGUAAAAACCUCAAGCUAAUGUUGCUCUUCCACACAUCCCCUCCCAACUCAGUCUCUUCAACAGCAGCUAAAGGAUCUUCGAGCACUGCCUCAAAAACUAUAUAUAUCAGGUGAAUGAAGUCUGCACUUUAAAUUUAGGUGUUGGAACAUUAAUGGAAGAGACUGGAGGAUAGUGUUCAGAAUCACAAUUGAAUUACAUCUUUGGAAAGACACAAAUGGUACCAUCAAAUAUAUUAGCCUUGCACUAAGGCUGUGUCUUCCACGGGUUACUGUAAAUUGUACUGGGUACGCUGAAAAUCUGUUCAUGAUGAUGCCUUACACGGAAGAGGCCUGUGGCUCUUGCACAAGGUAUAAAAUGUCUUAAUAUGAAACAGUGGGCAUGCUGGCCCCAAAUCAAGACUGUUGCAGUGAGGGUACUAUAGACUCUUUAAAAACAUUGAAAUCAUGAGGAACCAAGUAAUUCCGUUUAUUAGUGCCAAUGCUGUGAUAAAGGUUGAUUUCUGUGUUAAUGUGUAAUUUAGUCUGUUAUGCACUGAUGUUAUUUUGCAGAUUUCCAUGAGCAGUAUUAGAGGAUUUUAGCCAUUUAGCAACAUACCACUUUCUCACUUGGCCCUGCUUUUCUUUUAAUAGUAUCAAACUUCUAUGCAGUCAGAUAUUUCACUGAAGGGCAACUUGUCCCUCUGUACUCCACCUUAGAUUUCAACAUAGUGCACUAAAUAGAGCCGUCCUCUUUCGAAUAAAAUACACCAACAAACCAAAUUUUCUCAAGAGGAAGCUCCUUGACUAGCUGAGUUCAUAUAUCAAAAUAUACCUUAUUCUUGCUAGAAACUUCUAUGUGGUACCAUGAAAUAUACAGUUAGCUUUCUCACGUUCAUCUCCCCACCCCAACUCACAAGGGGCACUUGGUUGCUCUUCAUUAGUACGUCUUUUCUCUUAAAUAACCAGUUCUGCAGUGUAGAUAUUCCUGGUUUCUUUUCAUUUCAACCCAGUUUUGUGUAACAUAAUACUCAAGCCUCUAUACUGAAGACACUUAGGUUGUGUUAACAAACUAGGUUGUCUAAGCAAUCAUUCCUUUGGCACUGUGGAAACUCAUUUGAAGUACUUGGUGCUCUUAACAGUUGUUGAACUGAGAUGGUAUGUGUGUGUGUGAGAUAAUAGACCAGAUGAUCUGGGUAUCUUCACAACCUGAGAAUAUGCACUUUUAAUUCAUUUUUGUGAAUAUGAGAUGUUUACUUUUGUUUGUACAUAAUAAAGGCCAGUAAAAAUAGGGGUGUUUUGUAAUUAAGGAGGCAAAGUUAACAUUGUCCCUAAACCUUAAAUAUCUGGAAUAUUGCUUUGCGCUCAGAUAAUGUGCUACAAUUGAGAUUAGUUUACUUUCAUAACCUGUUUUCUCUAUGCAGCAGGGAGUCCUAAACCAGGGCUGAAGAACUUCAGGGCCCUCCCAGAUUUUGUUGGACUAUAACUUCCAUCGGCCCCAGCCAGCAUGACCAAUGGUCAGGAGCAACGGGAGUUGUAGUGAAACAUCCUCUGGAGUGCUACAAGUUUCCAAUCUCUGCCCAUUAACCAUUGUCAUUAGAAAGCCUACAGCCAUAAUAAGCUCCACUGCUGUUUUAUCUUCCUAUAGAAACUUCCCCUCCAUUUAUGCAACGCCUAUAGCAGAUGGGAGUUCUUUGAUGAAAGCUGAGAAGCUGUCUUCAAAGUAUCUCUCUCAAGCCAGAUGAGUCUUACGGUGAGAAUGUGUCACAGUUAUCCAUCAGUCAGGAAUUUAGUUCUGGUUUAGAGUUAAAUUGAUAUGAAUGCACAGAAUUGUCAUGUCUGGAGUGAGUGCUAGCCAUAAUCCUACCUUCCCCAAACUAUUGUCUCCCAGAUGUGUUGCACUGCAGUGCCCACCAGCCCCAGCCAGUAUGCAGGGAUGAUAGUUGGGGUCCAAAACUUUGGAGAUUACCAUGUUGGAGAAUUCUGACUUACCCCUUUCAGUGUACACAUUGGGGGAGGGGUUCAACUCUUAAUUAGCUUUCCAUCCAUUGUAUUAUUUUGGUUUGUUCAAGUCCGCAGCUGUCUUUAUGUGAAAUCUUGACAACCAGUUUUAAUAAAUGGGUGUUUGUAACUGAGCUUUCACCCCUUAUAUUCCCUAUACAUCUGCUAAUCUCCAGCUUUGUGUGCUAUAAAAACAUUCAUUAAUUAAGAGAGGUGCUAUCAUCCAUCUGAAUCUCUCGUUUAAGCAACAGUGUUAACAAUUUAGCUGGUUUAAGUAAGGGCUGGUUUGUUGCAAGAGUUUUAAGGAGAAGGUACCUUUCCUGGGACUGUUUCUUUUACUUGCCCAAGGACAAAAUAUUACAUGUGUGUAAUGUGUAUUGUGGAGCAUGGUUUUGCUCCAUUUCAUGUAAGAGAACAAAUUCUACUGUAUGUGAAGUAUGUGGAAGCAUGGCUGCUCCAUUAUGUCAUUUCAACCUAAGAAGCAUGGUAACAAUGUCAGGUAUGUAUUUCUAUGAACUUAGUGGUUGUGCGAAAUAGCAGGUACCUUGAAGGCAGGAGGAUAAAAGCAGCUUCCUUUGAAGCCUUGCCUUGACAACUUAAAGCCUUGAAAGCAUUCUCAUGAGCUACUCCUGUGCCUAAAAAUAUGUACAUAGAGCAAGGUGCCCUUACCGUUACUAAAAGAAAAGCAUUCCUGUUCUGUAACGUUCUUUUGACAAACAGUACACUGUUGAUUGUUCUGAAGCUGCCUGCAAGCAUAACAUGGAUGAGAUUUUAGAGAGUUCCAUGGAUUUAUUAAAGUAUAAGGUGAGAUAGAGAUGCACAGCUCUGGUCUACACAUACAGCAGAAUGUGGCAGUGGAAUGUGGAUUGCGUAUCAGGGUAAUAUAACUUUUCAGUGUUGUCACAUGUUGUUGUUUCUAAAAAAACCUCCUUCAAGAAGAAAACUAGCACACCAAGGACAGAGAUCCAGCUCAUCUCUCUCCCUAAUCUAAUAGAGAUUAGCAUUUUUAGAAUACUCCCUAAUAGUAUUCUAUUUUCAGGGGAUUCAAAUGUGAUCGCUGAUCUAAAGUUAUACUGUUCAUCCUGUUGCACCUGUAACCAGAUGCACACACAGUCUGUAAUUAUUAUCUCUCUAGAUUUAAGACUGGGAGCAAUGCAGUCAACACUGGAAAAUAGCCACAGAUGGACAAAGGAGUAUUUCUGCUAUUAACAGUUCACACUCGCUGUAACUUCCACCAGGAAACAGUGGUGGAAGCAUAUUCAAAGAAACAGUGGUGGGAGCAUAUUCAAAGAAAGGUAGCAAAGUCUGGCAAGUUUAGCGUAGCUUGUCUCGUCUAAAUAGGUUAGUAUUUAAAUUUGUACUUUUCAUUUCAAGUUAUCCGGUACUAACUUCCUCCACUUUCCAUAAAGCAGUCAUUACCAUUCAGUUUCGUAUCUGAAAUGUUUAGUGCCAGGCACCUGAAACUUGAUGGUUGUCAUGAGGUUCCUGACUGUGCUAGCACAGUAUUCUGGAAGCACAUAUUUAUACAGUAUUCAAGUUCUGGUCAGUGCAAUAUGUUCCUUUUAAUUUUGCUGUGUGGAUUCCAUACAUGUGUGCAUAGAGAGUAAAUAAUCUCUAGAACGAACAUACUCUUUUAGCUGGGAAGAGAGAAUGGACCAUCUCAGGCUAUGAGUUUUUUGGUGUUUUUUUAAUGUUAUGUCAGUAUAGUAUAGUCCAGCCUUUCCCAACCUUUGGGUCCCCAGAUGUUGCUUGAUUACAACACUCAUAAACCGCAGCCAGUAUGGCCAAUGGUCAGAAUUAUGGGAACGAGUCCAGCAACAUCUGGGGACCUAAAGGUUGGAAAAGGCUGGUGUAGUCCUUAAAUGACAGCCCACAUUGCUCUAGAAUAUACAGGAAAUGGCAUUGUACUUUGUGUGAACAGUCUCAUUCGAGGCCAGAGGGAAUGUUGUUGUGUUGGAAGGUGCCACAAAAUGGGGAAAAAGUAGAAUUAACCCUUUUAAAUACUGCACACUAGCUGGAAAUUAUGUUCAAAGCACUUAUUUAAUGUAUCAUAAUGUAUAUAUUUGUACCCUACCUUGGUUCUGGAUGUAUUUUUAUUAUCUUGACUUGCUAAACUGCUGUCCUGGGCUCCUACUGGGAGAAAGGGCAGGAUAUAAAUCUAAUAAAUAAUAAUAAUAAAUAAA